GUGUAUGUUAUUUGUUACAUGAUGCCAACAAAUGAAGAAGAAUUUGCUGCACGACAUUGAUUAACCGAGCUAAUGCAGCUAGAAUGGGGUUGUUUUAUAGUUAUGUGCGAUUAUCUGAGUAAUUCUAACCUUUUUUGUUACGUUCAACCUAAUGCUUGUUAACGUUCCUGUUGUAGUGAUGAUUUGCUGAUAGAAUAAGAAUACGCGUCAGAAGCGUUAGUUAGCUAGCAUUAUUUUUGCGUGCACGUGCGAGAAGGAACUUAACUACCAUGAUGAACGACAUGAUCAUACCAGCUUCUAUUAAACUCAGAACUUGAGUUUGUUGAUAUGGGUUUAAGCGGUCUCGUCAGUUUUAGGGUCGUAGCCCGCUCCUUUUACAGAAAGACCACAGUCUUCCAUUCCAGAAAAGUGUCUGAUUGUGCUCAGACAUCAGCCCAAACUCCGUUAUCCCCUGACAACAGAAAUGAAACGGCAGAAGACGAACGGCGGAAACCAAGAAGACCCCCAAACAAAGUCUCCGUUCUUCUUUUCCCUGGACAAGGUAGUCAGUUCGUUGGCAUGGGCAGAGGAAUGUUAAAGUACGACAACGUAAAGGAAAUGUUCGCGGUAGCCCAGAAAGUGCUUGGCUACGAUCUAUUGUCUCUAUGCUUAAAUGGACCCGAAGAUGAUCUAAUGAAAACUGUCCACUGCCAGCCUGCUGUGUUUGUUACGUCUUUGGCUGCUGUGGAAAGACUGAACCAUGGAAAUCCUGCCGCAAUAGAGAAUUGUGUUGGUGCGGCUGGUUUCAGUGUGGGUGAAUUUGCUGCUUUGGUAUUCUCUGGUGCAAUGGACUUUGCUGAGGCCCUUUUUGCAGUGAAAGUCAGAGCUGAGGCCAUGCAAAAGGCCUCAGAUCAAACACCAAGUGGAAUGUUAUCUGUCAUUGGAAGAACUCAGGCCAAUUACAAACACGCUUGUCUGCAAGCUAGAGAACACUGCCUAUCUCUGGGUAUAGAGAACCCUGUCUGUUCCAUUGCAAAUUACCUCUUUCCAGACGGGAGAGUCAUUGCUGGACAUCUGGAGGUAAGAGCCAUUCUUUACCAGCUGUAUCGAAUGCUUUUUAGUCUCAAAGGCAUUUUAGGUGAGGCAAUGCUGUCACUCGCACUCUCUCUCGGCUCUGACCAUCCAUCUCUGCCCCAGGCGCUGAACUUCCUUCAGAAGAACUCCAGGAAGCUGCACUUUGCACGGACACGGCUGCUGCCUGUGAGCGGGGCUUUUCACACGGCUCUGAUGGAGCCGGCCGUGGAGCCUUUGCGGGAUGUGCUGCGGCAGCUGCAGGUGAGCCAGCCCAAGAUCGCCGUGCACUCCAACGUGGACGGCAAGCGCUACGCCCAUGAUGGGCACGUGCGCCGGCAGCUGGCCCGGCAGCUGGUGUCACCGGUGAAAUGGGAGCAGACUCUCCAUGAGAUCUAUCAAAGGGCCCAGGGCCAUGGGUUCCCCCAGACGUAUGAGGUGGGGCCUGGGAGGCAGCUGGGCUUCACGCUGCAGAAGUGCAACAUGAAGGCAUUUCAGAACUACACUCAUGUGGGCGUCGACGUGCCAGAAGAUGAAUGAAAUGAUGAAUGACUCAGGAUCAUGUGAGGAACGGGCUUUGAUGUAGAGCACUUUGAUGUGGAUGUGCUUAUACCAAGAGGGAAGCAUCCCACUUGCCCCUCUGCUGCUCACUCAUACACAAGCCAGUUUUUUAUGUUUAUGGUUGGUUAAUCACCUCUUAUCAAGUAGUUGUAAUGCUCUGCUGUUAAGAGUGGUGAACUACAAAGCCGGAUUUGUGACAUGAAUAAACCUUUUGCUUGACCAAA